GGUCAGUGCCAGAUACUGGAAAAAAUUUUAAAACGCUGAGGAGGAUCCCCAAACUCCCCUACAGGAAUUGGUGAAAAUGGCUUUUAAGUUUUUAAUGCUCGAGAAUGACAGCCAAGUCAACCCGACAGACAAGGCUGCAACAGAACACGCUCCAAGUCCCAGCCUUAGCAGCUGCUCUGAGGCCACCAGGGCCCCCACAAGGGGUACAAGGUAAGUCUGCCACAAGGCUCCAUCUCACCGGAGCUCACCCCAAGUCAACUCUGCCAAAAACUUGCUUCAAAUGUGGCAAGGAGGGCCACUGGUCAUGGUAUUGCCCUGACCCCCAGCCACCCAGGAGGCCAUGCCCUGUCUGCCGACAGCCUGGGCACUGGAAAUCAGAAUGCCCCUGUGCAGGUUUGUCCUCUAUGCCAUGCCAUGGAGGUCCAGCCUCACCAAAACUGGCAACUGAGAACUAGUAAGCCUGGCAGAGAACUGAUAUGGCCUAGACCUGCUGACUCCCAUUGCCCUCUCCAAGCCUAGGGUGAUGCUGCAGGUAACAGGUAAGUCCAUUGACUUUCUUUUGGACAUGGGAGCUGCCUAUUCUGUUUUGACAUCUCACUCAGGUCCUACAGUUCCCUCACCAAUUUCUGUCACAGGGGUGGACGGGAUCCCUUCCUUCCCACUUAAGACUCUUGACACUUCCCUGCAUUCUUGCAGGGUAAUUCUUCUUACACUCUUUUCCUGGUCAUACCUGUUUGCCCUGCACCUCUGCUUGGCGGCAAUGUUCUCAGCCUUUUUGGGGCCACACUCAUCUUGGCCCCCAUACUCUCCUGAGUAUUUCACAGGUCCAUUCACAGGGGCCCUCCAGAUAUGUCAGCCUCUGCACAAGCUUCGAGGACACCAACCAGGAAAGGUUGAGAAGGCCAAUGGACUCAUCAAACGACAGCUCACCAAGCUCUCCACUGAACUCAGGUUAUCUUGGCCCUCCCUUCUCCCCAUUGCCCUUACCCAUCUCUGGGCCACCCCACGCUCUCCUACAGGCCUGAGCCCUUUUGAGCUUCUUUAUGGAAGGCCCUUCCUCCCCAGUCACCACCUCCCAGCCCAAACUCCCCCACUGGCCGGGUACCUCCCCUUACCUCUCUUUUCUGAGGUCCCUUCUCUGUUCCUACUGUGAUCCUCACCACCCCCUCGGCUGCCAAGCUCCUGGGACAUCCAUGCUGGACAUCUCUCUAGGCUCAAGUGGGCACCUAUUCAGGAUACACAGUCUGUCCAGCAGCUGGGACCCUCUACCCUCCAGUUGUCUGAG